UAAUUGAUGUAUGUAUUGUUUCAGAUAUGGGAAUUUUGCUGUGGGCAGUGUUGACUACAAUGUUUUUGUAUAUAAUAUGGAAUAUUAGUUCCUUGGCACGCUACUACCUCAAAUUCACAAUAUUUAUAUUUAUUAGUUUGAUUUUUGCGACUGUUCCUAUUCCUCUGAUGUUUUUGAAACCAAGAGACAGUAGAAAUGCACUGUUACCUGCUUGGGCAUUACGUACGUCUGCGUGGAUAUUAGGCUUAAAAUAUGAAAUUAAAGGCAAAGAAAAUAUCAUCAAAGAUAGUGGAUGUGUUGUUCUAAUCAAUCACCAAAGUGCUCUAGAUUUAAUAAUUUUAGCACAAUUAUGGCCAAUAAUGGAUAAUUGCACAGUUAUAUCUAAGAAAGAAGUGUUCUAUUUAUGGCCUUUUGGGCUAGCAUCUUGGUUGUGGGGUACUAUAUUUAUAGAUAGGUUAAAUCCCGAAAAAGCUCAAAGCAUUGUGAAUAAGACAGGGAAAACCAUUAGACACAGAAAGGCUCGUGUACUUAUGUUUCCUGAAGGUACUAGAAGUAUGAAAGAGAAGUUAUUACCAUUUAAGAAAGGUGCUUUUCAUUUAGCUGUUGCAUCUCAGUGUCCUCUUCAGCCUGUAAUUGUUGAUCAAUACACUUUCUUAGGAAAACAUAGAUUUGAUGAAGGUAGUAUUACAAUAACAAUUUUACCUGGUAUACCUACAGCAGGUAUGACGCAAGAUGAUGUACCGAUGUUAACAGAAAAAGCUUAUACGGUUAUGGCGAAGUUUAUGGAAGAAAGAAAAGUAGAAGUUUCAAAGAAAACCAUGUAACCCAGAACACCAAAAAGCACUAUUUAGAUUUUAAUUUAUUAGUACCUAAUACUACCUGACUGAUCUAAAUAAUACUUUUUUUAAAUGAUUUAUGUGAUAUUGCAUAUAAAUUGUUAAAUUCUAGUUAUGUGUUAUUUUAUGUGAAUAAAAUGGUUUAAUGUUU